AUGCCGUACGACCCAAAGAACGAAGACGCCAUUUUCCAGAAGGAGGUCGAGCAGGUGAAGCAGUGGUGGAAGUCGCCCCGCUUCGAGGGCGUGACCCGCCCCUACUCCGCCGAAGCUGUCGUUUCCAAGCGUGGCACCAUCCGCCAGCAGUACCCCUCGAAUGAGCAGGCCAAGAAGAUGUGGGCCCUGCUGGAGGAGCACGCUGCGAACAAGACCACCUCGCACACCUACGGUGCGUUGGACCCCGUCCAGGUGACCCAGAUGGCCAAGUACCUCGAGACCGUCUAUGUCUCUGGCUGGCAGAGCUCGAGCACGGCCAGCUCGACCAACGAGCCCGGCCCCGACCUGGCGGACUACCCGUACAACACGGUCCCUAACAAGGUGGAGCACCUGUUCAUGGCCCAGCUCUUCCACGACCGCAAGCAGCAGGAGGCUCGCCGCAACAUGACCCCUGAACAGCGCGCCAAGACCCCCUAUGUUGACUAUCUGCGCCCCAUUGUGGCUGACGCCGAUACGGGUCACGGUGGUCUCACUGCCGUGAUGAAGCUCACCAAGCUCUUUGUCGAGAAGGGCGCGGCCGGUAUCCAUAUUGAGGACCAGGCGCCCGGCACCAAGAAGUGCGGCCACAUGGCUGGUAAGGUGCUCGUGCCUAUCUCCGAGCAUAUCAACCGUUUGAUUGCCAUUCGUCUCCAGUACGACAUUAUGGGUGUGGAUAACCUUGUCGUAGCACGCACGGAUUCGGAGGCUGCCACCCUCAUCACCACCAACGUGGACGAGCGCGACCACGCGUGGAUCCUGGGUACCACCAACACUGAGCUGCGUCCUCUCGUUGAGGUCAUGAACGAGGCCGAGCGCAGCGGCAAGCGCGGUGACGCCCUUCAGGCCGUGGAGGACGAAUGGACCACGAAGGCCAACCUCUGCCUCUUCUCGGAUGCCGUCGUGGCUGCCCUCGCGAAGAAGGGUGCCUCGGAGCAAAUUCAAAAUGAGUUCAGGGUGGCUGCCAGCAAGCUCUCGAACAAGGAUGCCCGCGCCCUGGCCGCCCGCUACGGUGUGGAUGAGAAGAGCGGCUUCUUCUGGGACUGGGAGGCCCCCCGCACCCGCGAGGGCUACUACCAGUACCGCGGCGGUACGCAGUGCGCUGUGAACCGUGCUGUGGCCUUCGCUCCCUACGCGGACCUCCUCUGGAUGGAGACCAAGUCGCCGAUUCUCGCGCAGGCCAAGGAGUUCGCUGAUGGCGUGCGCUCCGUUUACCCCAAGCAGUGGCUGGCGUACAACCUGUCGCCUUCGUUCAACUGGGACGCUGCCAAGCUCUCUGAGUCGCAGAUGAAGGACUACGUCUGGGACCUCGGUAAGCUCGGCUUCGUGUGGCAGUUCAUUACGCUGGGUGGUCUGCAUUCGAAUGCCUACAUUAGUGACCUGUUUGCCAAGGGCUUCGCUAAGGACGGCAUGAAGGCUUACGUCUCGCUAGUCCAGCGUAAGGAGCGCGAGAUUGGCUGCGAUGUCCUGACCCACCAAAAGUGGUCGGGCGCCGACUUUAUCGACAGUCUUCUCAAGACCGUCACUGGUGGUGUCUCUUCGACGGCUGCCAUGGGCAAGGGUGUGACAGAGACUCAGUUCAAGUAA